ACUUCAGUAUUUCUAUUGAGAGUUUGUGCAAAGAUAGAAGAAACAAUGGCUCGACUAAGCCUCAUCGUAACGAUCAUCGCCGUUGCAUUGGCAUGUGUAUUCGCAGAGGAAGAAUUUUAUUCGGAUCGAUACGACGAUAUUAAUAUUAAUGAAAUUUUGGCAAACGAAAAAUUGCGAACGCAAUAUUACAACUGUUUCUUGGGCAUUGCACCAUGCAAGACUGCAGAUGCAAAAUUCUUUGCUGGGGUUAUAGGUGAAGCUAUGCAAACGCAAUGCAAAAAAUGCACCGAAAAACAAAAAAAUCUUUUGGACAUCUUAACUGAUUGGUAUACAAAGAAUAAGCCCGAAGAAUGGGAAGCAUUUAUUAAGAAGACUUUAGAGAAUGUUCAAAAUAAAAAUGCUUAAAGGACUUGACUUGCUGAUAACAAAUACCGAAAAAAAACUUUGAUGACUCAUGAAAUGAUAAUUUAUGUAUAAAAUUAUUACAUGUGAAAACUAAUUCAGUGCACAAACUAUAUAAUGCUAUAUAUUAUAGUGUUAUAUUGGUAGAAUAAAAGCAUAAAAUAAAUUCAA